AGGAGGAGGGGGGUGUCCGGUCUGAGGCGCUCCUCCCUCCGUAGUGGCGACGCCGGUAUCGCGGAGCGUGGCGAGAGCGGCUGUGUGAAGGGUCCGGCCCUCGGGCUGCCGCCGGCAUGGAGAACUACUUGGGCCGCCCCCCUCGCCGGGUCCCGUUUGCCCGCGGGGCCUGUAGGGGCGGCCGCGGCACGAGGAGCCGCGGCGGGCGGUGGCACUGAAUGGGCGUCGCGGUGGAGCGGGAGGAGCCGGAGCCGCCGCGAUGGCUCAGGAGAAAAUGGAGCUGGACCUGGAGCUGCCGCCGGGGAGCGCCGCGGCCCCGAGCGACGGCGGCGGGCUGAGGAGAUCCAACAGCGCCCCCCUCAUCCACGGGCUCAGUGAUAACUCACAGGUGUUCCAGGGCAGCGUUCUGCGAACCCGCAGGAACAGCACCACGGUUAUGAAUCGCCACAGCCUGUUUGUGCCAUCAUCUCCUGUCCGUAUUCCUAGCAGCCGUCUUCAUCAAAUCAAACAGGAAGAAGGAAUGAACUUAAUGAACAGAGAAACAGUACAUGAAAGAGAAGUGCAAGUAGCAAUGCAGAUGAGCCAGUCAUGGGAGGAGAGCUUGAGCCUGAGUAACAAUGAUUUUGAAAAAUCAUCAUCUCCAAAGCAAGUAGACUUUGUCCCAGUCUCUCCAGCUCCUUCACCUACCAGAGGAAUAGGGAAGCAAUGCUUCUCACCAUCUUUGCAAAGUCUGGUGAGCAGCAGUGGAUUGCCUCCAAGUCCCAGCCCAAGUCCCACAAGGCGAUUUUCAAGCAGGAGAAGCCAGAGUCCAAUUAACUGCAUUCGACCGAGUGUUCUUGGGCCAAUAAAAAGAAAAGGUGUAACUGAAAUGGAAGAUCAUCCAAAAAGGCUAUUCCAAGGCUCCACCAACAUGCUUUCCUCUGAAGCUUUGCAGCAACCAGACCUUAGUGGAUGUUUGUCGGCGCACGCCCUUGAUGACAACAGGAGCAGUGCAGGCUCUUCCUGUGACUCACCAGCUGAAGCUGGCACCAGCACCGACUCUCCAGUGUCGCUUUCUGACUCCAGAUCUCCAUUUUUACCAGUAGAUCUUACAGCUAAGUUACCUAUCGAUUGAGAAGCAAAUGUCUGCUAAUGGAUACCGAGAAACAGACUGGAUAUCAAUAAGGCUUCCUGUUGCGUGUAACUGAGUCUUUUAUGCGAUUCUGUUCCUCAUAGGAACUUCCAGAAAUGUCAUUAUUCCCAGAAAACUGCCAGAAUGGUUCCUUGAGGAGGAAUUCACGUUUCUAGUGAUUUGUAUGACAUUUACUGAAAUACAGUAAGCAUUUGAAUUGCAAACAUAUUUGAUGCUGACAUCAGUAUCCAAGCUGUGGAUUUCCUAUGGAUUUAUUCCUGUUGGUGUAAGUUACAAAUACUGUAUGCAUGCGGAAGCCUUGGCUCUCCAGCAGACAAGAGGCAGCGUCCUUGCUAAUAUGAAGUGGUGCUUUGUGUAGUGACAUAAUUCACAUUUGUCCUCAGUCUUAAACCAAUGAAGCAGCUUACUGAUUUGUUUUUAUUCCCUCAGUGUGCGUUAGGUUGUUUUGCUGUUGCUCUGCUACGAAAGAGUGUUGGGGAGGGGGGGAUAAUUGAUCCCUGUAUUCUGUUGGGAUGGACUUCACUGAAUUCUGUUGUUCUAAUUAGAUUCCAAAAGAACAAGCUGGUGUAUUGUCACCUUAGAUGUGUGUCUUGGAUUUUACUCAUGAUCAGGACUGCUGUUGUGACUAAACCCAAAGUUAAUGUGGAACCUUCUGGGUUUUUGUGUUUUUUUUUCUUCAUUUACAUGAUGUAUUAGAGUGUUAGAAGCUCCAUUAAUCUUUUCAUUGGGAAAAACAGUUAUCAUGUUUAGCACAAAACACUACGUUGUGAGGUUUUAGUAUUUAGUACUCCAAAAGUGCAUUAUUUUAACAAACAGCAUUUGUCCUUGAGUGUGACUUUGGAUGGAUGAAAACAAAGAGGGACAAUGAAUGCUUUUAUGCAGGUUGAGGUGAUCAGAUCACCUUAGAAUUUGAUCUCUUGAUGUUACUGCCUUGAAUAACAGCACCAGGGUUUUUCUGCUGCCGUAAGCUUCGGGUGCUGGUUGGAAGUGCAGAGGUUGGUGAUCCGCUGUGUUUCAGGGUUCUUGUACUUCAUUGGAAAAGUCACUGGGUUGAGGCAUCCCGAUUUCAGCUCUGAAAUUCCCCAGACAAGAGGAGAAAUUUGUAAACCAGCAUAGAGAACUGUGCCAAGCAUUCCUGUGGCAACUUCAUGUUGGUGGUUGAUUCCUGCUAUGGAAUUGAACUUCCCCAGCUGGAUCCCCCUUUGUGGUUGUAAGCCUUCUCUCCGGAGAGGUCAAUAGCAUAGCAAAAUGCUUUGUUUUUUGGAUGCUAAAUCUUUCUAAUGAGAAGAUUGGAAAGAUCCUCAAGUAGGAGAGAAGCCCAUCUUGAAUUCUGCUGCAAAAUAUUCACAUGGAUGGAGCUUUGGACAGCAGCCAUCAGAAGUAGAAACGGAUGACUUACUGCCUAGUGACUUUAGGACCAACAACUCGUUACCUUAUUGUAGGAGAAACAUAGAACCUAUUUAAUAGCUUUACACUUUUCAAGCAAGGUAUAUCAGUAAGGUUCGCUUCUGAUUUAAUUCCUUUCAAAUUACUGCAGUAGCCAACUUCCUGCCUGCAGAUUCUGUUAUUAUUCAGGCUGUCCUUUGCCCCGUGGCCGAUGGAUGAACUUGUAUGUAACGUCUCCUUGCCAUCUAAUAUGGCAUAGUUCUGUUUUGCAAUUUCAGAUGAUGUGCCAAAGAGUUGCUGUGCGCUCACUCUUCUGUGGUGAGGGCAGGACUGACUUUUUCAGCUUACUUUCUUCUUAAGAAUGGGCCCCCCGUUGUCUGUUCCAAUGUUACAAGAAAGAUGCAUUGGUGGGGGGUUCCGUGACUGUGUGUAAGUCAACUUGUCUUUUUUUCUGUUGGAUAUUUAUGCUUUUCAAAUAAGUGCCAAUAAAUAGAAAAAAAUA